AUGGAUGACCUGAAACUUUAUGCCAAGUCACCAGAGCAGCUUGAGAAUUUGCUUCAGCUAGUCACUACUUUCAGCCAGUGUAUCAAAAUGAAAUUAGGAUUGGAGAAGUGUGCAGUACUGCAUGUGAAGAAAGGUAAAGUAGUAAAUACAGCAGAAGGGAUGUUGACACUGGAAAAUGAAAUAGGGCAGUUGCAAAUAGGACAGACAUAUAAAUACUUGGGACUCCACCAGCAUUUGAAAAUCUCCCGUGUUGAAGUGUUCAGCCGCUUGGAAAUUGAAUUUAAGAGAAGACUAAGUAAAGUCAUGAAAUCUAAAUUGCCUUCAAAGCAUCUGAUUAAGGCAAUAAAUUCUUGGGUUAUUCCAUCUCUGACCUACAGUUUUGGUGUUCUGAAGUGGUCUGACACUCGUCUGGAACAAAUGGACAGGCUUGUGAGGACUCAAAUGACGAAAAACAGGGUGCAUCACCCAAGAUCAUUGAUGAGUCGUCUAUAUAUGCCAAGGAAGCUGGGUGGUAGGGGCUUGUCCAGGGUUUCAGAUCUGUGUGCAAAACAAGAGAAAAGACUAAGAGAGUAUUUCAUUUCUGCUAACACAAAUCUCCUCAGGGAAGUGUGCCGACUGGAUGAAAAUUAUACUGCACUUAACCUGAGGAAUCCUCAUGGUCGAGAGCCCUUGACAGUGUAUGAUUACAACGCAGAAUGGCAACAGAGGGAACUGCAUGGGCGCUACUGUAGGCAUCUGAACUCUGAUCAUAAUAAUCAUGACCUUUCAAGCAGGUGGCUGAUAGAUGGAGGUCUUUUCCCAGAAACAGAAGGCUUUAUAAUUGAUAUGCAGGAUCAGGUUGUCACUACCAAUGCCUAUAGAAGACAUAUCAUCAGAGAUCUGAGCAUAAGUGAUAAAUGCAGGCUUUGUAACGCUGCAGUAGAAAGUAUUCAGCACAUAGUUUCAGGCUGCUCAAUAUUGGCACCAAAAGAGUAUUUGAGGCGACAUAAUAAUGUUGCAAAAAUAGUGCACCUGAAAUUGCAGCAGGAAUUUGACUUCUUUGAAGAAAUGCCCCCAUACUAUUCUUACUCUCCUCCUGCAUUUAUUGAGAGAAACCAGAUUAAGAUCUAUUGGGAUGUUCAAAUGAUCACUGACAGGCAAGUCAUUCAUAACAAGCCUGACAUCCUAAUGUUGAACAUGAAUCAAAAAGAAGCCUUGAUAAUUGAUGUAGCCAUACCAGCAGAUGAAAAUUGA